GACUCUUGUGCGCGUAGAGAAGGCGAGAAGGCGAUGGGCGCCAAGGGCUAGGUUUUGCGCGGCGGGCGAGAGGAGGAGGAGCUAGCGGGAGCUGGAGAUAUGGCGCUCAUCAGCGGCUUCAUCGUCGGCUUCAUCGUGGGAAUAACGCUUGUUCUUGGCUUCGUCCUGUCCGAGAAUCGGCGCUCGCAUUCCCGGCAGCGGCUCGCGAUCGCGACGAGCGCUCUCUCCAAGCUCAGCCUGGAUGAUUUAAGGAAGGUCUUCAGCAAUUACAAACAGCCAAUGCCUCCGUGGAUAGUUUUCUCACAGUCUCACAAGGUUAGCUGGAUGAACCAGGAGUUGCGAAGGAUCUGGCCUUACGUUGAUCAGGCAGCGUCUGAAUUGGCCCGGACUAUUGUAGAGCCGAUACUCGAUCAGUACAAGCCACCUCUUAUUUCCUCUCUAAAGUUUAAUAAGUUCACGCUCGGGACAGUUGCUCCUCAGUUUGUAGGCAUUGGUAUGGUCGACGAUAUGGAGAAUGAAGUCGUAAUGGAGAUCGAGUUGGAGUGGGAUGGCAAUCCGAGCAUUAUAUUGGGUGUCACUACUUCUUUCGGUGUCUCGCUACCUAUUCAGGUGAAAAAUGCGGCGUUUGCUGGAAUCUUUCGAGUGAUAUUUAAACCGCUGGUUAAGGAUCUUCCUUGCUUCGGUGCUAUUGUGUAUUCUUUGCGUAGACAGAAAAAACUGGAUUUUACACUAAAAGUGAUAGGAGGAGAUAUUAAGUCCGUGCCCGGACUGGCAGGAGCUAUUGAUGAGAUGAUAAAAACUGCAAUAACAGACUCUCUGCUGUGGCCGGUGCGGCAAAUAGUUCCCAUCGUACCAGGAGAUUACUCAAAUUUAGAACUCCGAGUUGUUGGAACUUUGCACGUAAAGCUUGUACAAGCGAAGGAUUUAUUGAAUAAAGACUUGGCAGGCAAGUCUGAUCCUUUUGCUCGAACGUUCAUCAGGCCCAUCCCCAGCCGCAUGAAAAGAAGCAAGACCCAGAACAAUGACCUACAUCCCAUUUGGAAUGAAAAGUACAUCUUUGACGUUGAGGAUCCUUCCACUCAACAAUUGACUGUGCAAGUUUUCGACGAUGAAGGUGUUCAGGCAUCCGAGUUUAUUGGCGGUGCUCUUUUCCCUUUGAAGAACUUGGAACCAGGAGUCCUGAAAGACGUGUGGCUCACAUUGGUGAAAGAUCUUGACAAUGUCAAGGAACACAAGUAUCGUGGACAGGUACAAGUGGAGCUCCUCUAUCAUGAGCAUGGAACAGUUAAUCCUUACUUGAAACGAAAGUUUCCAAUGACUUCUUUGGAAACGUUGAUGACAAACAGCAAUGGGCAUCCGCAGCAAGAAUUACAGGCUAGUCCAGGAAAAACUCUUGCUAGUCCAAGACGAAUGGAUACAUCUCCGCAAAGCUUCCAACCUUCGCAUGUCGACUUGGUCUCUCCCAGGAUAGAUGAAGAUGAUGAAUUUAACCGCGGAGUUCUUACGGUGACCGUUAUCAGAGCUGAGAACUUGAUAGCGGCCGACACAAAUGGUUUGGCAGAUCCUUAUGCGGUCUUGCGAAUGAAGAAAAGCGAUCAAAAGAUCAGAACUAAGGUGCUCAAUAAAACGCUCCAGCCAGAGUGGAACCAGACGUUUGAUUUUGUGGUGGAGGACGCCAUUCAUGAUAUGUUAAUUGUCGAAAUCUGGGAUCACGAUACGUUUGGCAAGGAUUACAUGGGCCGCUGUGCACUAACGCUGUCCAGAGUUGUCCGAGAGGAAGAAUAUGAAGAAGGCUACCAGCUGGAUGGUGUUAAAAGCGGCAAGAUUUUUCUUCACAUGAAGUGGACAUCGCAACCACUUAGUGCACACUUUGGGAAAUUCUGACAGACAGGUGCCAGAUAACAUCUUGAAGUGAAUUGCUUCGUAAUAAAAGCACUACAAAAAGAGUGUUCCCUGUUCUA